CACUUCCGUCUGUCAGAGAAUGUUGUUGUCUGUCUGAAUCACACAGACAAAAGGCCCUUGUUUUGACUUGAAGCUGAGAAAAAAACUUUAUGUGCCAUUUUUUUUGCAGUUGACACGAUUUAAAAAAAGGUGUGAAACACCAAUACGCUGUCGGUUCCUGCCUCGCGCCCUUUCCCACAGUGUCUUUCUGCGCACUCUCUCAUCAGGGCUCCAUGGCACGCAAGGGUGACAGUGGUGCUCAUCUCCAAAGUUUCACGUUCAUGGAGCCGGAGAGUGAGAGCGCGCUGGUCCGGUCUAUCUACUACGGUAAAAUCGGUAAGGGGAAAACGGAAAGGUUGCUGGAGAGGCAUGGUAGAGAGGGGAGCUUUCUCCUGCGGGACAGCGAGAGUCUGCAAGGAAUCUAUUGCCUCUGCGUGAGAAAGACACCGUAUGUCCACACUUACAGAAUCCACCACUCCUCUGAAGGAUGGACACUUCAGUUAUCCCCUGGGCAGAUGCUGCAGUGUUUCGGGACUCUGGAGAAGCUGAUAGAGAGCUGCAGAGCGGGGGUCGGUGCUGACAGCAUACCUCCGCUCACACACCCCCUGGACAAAACACAGCUGAGAGACGAGAGGCUGUGGAGCGAGACGGCCUAUAUGGAAAUGUGAAGUGGGACGACUUGUACGUGUGUGUGUGUGUGUGUGUGUUUGUGCGCGCAUGUGUGUUCAAUUGAGCCUUUAGGAGACAAUGCUUUUGUUGUUUACAAAAGUGCACCUGCUUAUGUCUGUGGUUCCACAACUAGACAUGUGGUUUCCCAUGGAGGGAUGCUUUGACGUGUGUGUGUGUGUGUGAGUUUGCAUGUUUAUAUGCAUAAAUGUGGACCAGAUCUGCCAUAAGUGCACACAAGGACAUUAAAACUGCCAUGGUCUUUCUCUCUGUGUAUAAUGUACAUUAUAUGACUCAUGUUAAACGAAUAUGUCACUGAUGAAGAUUUUAUGAGUGAAAAGGCUGUCAUUGCAAAUAAGAAUGUGCUCUUCAUUGACUUAGGGAACACUGUUAAAAAAAGGGGACAAAUCCAAAACAUUGGCUUAAAUGCAAAUAUAGACAUGAUUUUUUGGGAGAUUAUUUCUUUAUUGACUUGCCUGGUUAAAUAAAGGUUAAAUAAAUACAAAUAUUUAAAAAUGUCAA